AUUUCUCCCAGCCUGCAGGAGUGAGGGAGCAGGGACUGGGUCCGCUGACUAAUUACCACCACAGACCCCAGAACAAGUUCGGCGGGUUUGAUUCCUCCGUAUUACGGUGCAGCCAGUGCCGCAGCGGGGAGAUAAUCAGGCGGAGGGAGACAGAGGGAGAGAGAGGGAAGGAGGGAAGGAAGGGGCUGGAUCCAGUCACUCAUCCACUGGAGCCUUCACAGCUGCGGCGGCGGACACAUAUGGGAAUACAACGAAGGCGAGAGGGUGCUCGCACCUGAUUGUGGAGGAAAAUCCAGGGACUUUGUCUGAUCCAGCAGAGAGAAACACUGAUAGAAAGAAAGAGGAAGAGCGGCAGCCCCAAAACCAUCCGGGAGCCGAUUUGGAAUCAGAGGUGACAACUAAUCUACAUCAGAGCCCGGAAGCUAAAAAGGAAAAAGAAAGAAAAGAAAAAAACGCAGAAGAAAGGGAAAGAGCUGCUGGUAUAGGAAGGAGAGAGCACACUCCUACACGCCGUCAUCCCUCUCAGCUUCCUGGAGUUUGCUGUGUAAACAGCAGGCUGAGAGGGCAGAGUUUGGAGCCUUAGAGAGAGUUACGUGGGGAAGAAUAGUGCAGAUGGUGUGGCAUCAUCUCCUUCCCUGUCAGCCCCACUUCAAAAAGGUGGAGGUCGCAGGAUUCCAGACCAGUGCAGCAUAUUAAAAUAUAACUCCAAAUUUUGGAAAAAAGAGACAGUCUUCAUGCUCCUAAUAAUGGCACCUGCUUGCACUGCCAAAUCUGAUGCCCGGCUCUUCGUGCUGUUCCUUUGCCUGACUAUACACACUGGGAUUGCUGUAGCAACUAUACAAGGAUAUAUUGGAGACAUAGACAUGACUUGCCCAUCUGUAUGCAGGUGUGAUGAGGAUUUUAUCUAUUGUAAUGAUCGUGGGCUGAGCUCCAUCCCCUCCCUGCCUCCCUCUGCAUCUGUCCUCUACCUGCAGAACAACCACAUAAACAACCCAGGCCUCCCCACCUCCUUGGAGCGUCAGCUGUCUGUACGAGUUGUCUACCUCUAUGAUAAUGAGUUGGAUGAAUUUCCCAUACACCUUCCGCCAUCUGUGCGGGAGCUGCAUCUGCAGGACAACAAUAUUCGCACCAUUCCUCGUAGCACGCUGGCUCGGAUGCCCUUGUUAGAAAAGCUACACUUGGACGACAACUCUAUUUCCACUGUCUCCAUUGAAGAUCAAGCCUUUGCUGACAACCCACGGUUACGCUUGCUUUUUCUUUCACGCAAUCACCUGUCUAGUAUUCCCUCAGGACUUCCAGCUUCUUUAGAAGAACUACGUCUGGAUGAUAACCGGAUCUCUACUAUCCCUACACAUGCUUUCCGAGGACUCAACUCAUUAAGGUGUCUUGUUUUGGAUGGGAACCUUUUGGCAAACCAGCGCAUUGCAGAUGACACAUUUUCUCGCCUUUCUAACUUGACAGAGUUGUCCCUUGUGCGCAAUUCCCUCCAAACUCCACCCGUUAACCUGCCAAGUGCCCAUUUACAGCGACUCUCUCUACAAGAAAAUGCAUUGACCCACAUGCCACGUGGGUCCUUGGACGGCAUGCACAGGUUGCAGAGGCUGGACUUGUCAGGGAAUAACCUAACUACACUUCCAAGGGGACUUUUCAAAGACCUUGACAGUCUUGGUCAACUUCUGGUGCGUGGGAAUCCUUGGCACUGUGGUUGCAACCUGAGAUGGCUCUAUGAUUGGCUCCGUGCCCGUGGUAACACCAUUACAGUUAGAGGCCUCACUUGCCAUGGACCAGACAGAGUCCGAGACAUGGCUUUGAUUGACCUGGGGAGUGAAAUGGAGGAAUGUGAAGUAGUAAGACUGACAGGGAAUAAAGACAAAGGCGCUGUAGGUGGAGGUGAAAGCUCUACAACCAAUGCACCACCCCAGGGUUCCCUCUUCACUCUACGCUCAAAGAGACCCGGCUUUGGGUUUCCUGACUCUGGAUUAGACUACACGCUUAGUAGUAGUGGUGUGGGGAAGAGCUUGGCUCUAAACGUAAAACCUCUUUCUCAUAACAGUAUUCGGGUGACGUGGAGUGCAGCUCAGCCAAGUUCCUCUUUUAGGUUAAGUUGGCUCCGACAAGGUACUGGAAAUGCAAUGGAGUCAAUCACAGAGACCCUUGUACGGGGGGAUCGUCAAGAGUAUCUGCUGACAUCCCUGCAACCACGCUCCAGCUACAUCAUUUGCAUGGUGCCACUGUCUGUAACUUCAGAAAGCAAAGUUGCGAUGUCUGGAGAUGCUGACACUGAUGAAUCUUUAGUUUGUGCAAAAGCAGAAACAUCAGACCUUAGUUCAAUUGAGGAGGAAGACAAUGAGGAAUCGCAGCAUAUUACAGUGCUACCCUUAGCAGGGAUUAUUGGCGGAGCUACAGCCACUGUGUCUCUGGCUCUAAUUUUUGGCGUUUUCUGUUGGUACGGACAUAGAACUGGACAUUUAUGUUCUCGUGACCACUACACUCGCAGUAGUUCAAGAAAAAGCAAAACCUAUGAUGAUUACAUUGAGUCUGGCACCAAGAAGGAUAAUACUAUCCUGGAGAUUCGUGGUCCAGGUUUCCAAAUGACGCCAAUGCCGGCUUGCCAGCCAAUGCAACCGAAACCCCUACGAGAGGAUUACAUCAUUCACACCAUAUUCCCCUCCAAUGGCACCGGCGUAUACAAAGGGUCCAACCAUGUUUCUAAUGCUGGACAUGGCACCAACCGUGGCUAUAGAGAAGGAGGAAUCCCAGAUAUAGACUACUGCUACACAUGAUGUAUUGUACCAGAUGCUGUUCAUAGUAUAAUUGGUAAAACUAUAUAGAUGCACAAUUUCCCUUGGCAUGGACACUUACGAAGCACCCCUUUGUGCCUUCUUCUUCUGGUCUCCCAUUCCAAAUGACCUAUUGUUCAUUACUGAGAGGACUGGAUACGAUUAACUGAACUGUGUGGGAACAAUCCACUGCAGGAGGCAGCAGCCAGUGCCCCAGGUGUAAAUGCACAGCUGCGUGUUUCUUCGCCGUCUAAGUAAUUGCCUGUGUAUGAUUCGUAUUUUGCUCUUUCCCUGUGACAUGUAAGAAUGUAUCUUUUGUGGAAAGGUCAAACUUAGCGUGGGCGAAAGUGGAGUUUCUUUCUCACUCAUGGGAGCCGCAGCAGUCAGCUCAAAAUGGAUCCAUUAAUGAUGAAAAACAGACAUUUUUGGUACUCUUUUCCUGCUCACCAUUCACACACAGUAUGUAGUCUUAUUGACUCAUUGUUCUGAAUGCCUCAACUAUAUUGAUGUGCCCUACCAGCUACCCCAGCAAAGGGCUUUGUAAAGCUGUGAAUUGUUCUAUUUUAAACAACCCAAUAACCACCUGUCUUAAAGUAGGCUUGCUAUUUCCUUAUUCAGUAGAUGGCAGGGAUGAGAUAUUACGAGGGCUGGUCAGCUUAGGUGUUACCUCUUGCGAUCAUUUUACCUGAGAUCAGUAAGGUAGUGCUGCAGCACAUGUGUGUAUGUUAUUUACCAUCAUCAUUACUGAUUAGGCUGUAUUUGAACAAUGCUAUUUGCUAUUUUCUUUGUCAGGUGUUUGUUUCAUGAUGAAAUUAUUCACAGCUGUCUUUAUUUAUAUCACCUUUUUGAAAUGAGUUAUGUCUGCUUAUGAAAUCCAGCUCUCAUUGGAGAUUGUGGUGUUUUGUUUUUUUUUUUUAGCAAGGAAAAAAAACACAUUAGUAGCUGUCUUCAGAUAUCUGUUUUUUAUUUGAAACAUAAAUGUGAAUCCUUUAUUGAGUCUCUUUGUACUGUUAUGUAGUUAAAAAAGAAAACAAAAAAAAACAAACCCACCCAAAGUUUAGCAUGUUGACUCUUAGAGCCUGUAGAAAAUGACCUCGGCUGCUUUUUUUUCCUAAUGUUGUGUCCGUGUGCUUCACCUUGUGACCUCGGUUGCUGACUUUUGAUUUGUAAACUGUUUCUGCCCCACCAACCGUCUGACUGAGUGGACAAACUAAUAACGCAGAGCCUUCUGCUGGAGGAAAACUCUUGUGAGUGACCUAGAUGAGGCCAAGAACUGUGAGUGCAUUUGAGAAGACACCAACCGCUACACUGUUGACCUACACUGUGGGAAGGUGGCAAAGCUGUGUGGGCGGGUGAACAGGA